GGGACCAAUCAGGAUCGAGUGGAGAGGGCACGAGGAGUCUCUACCUGAGCAGCCCAAUGGAGAACCGGAGCAGAGCUUUCCUCGGCUUUCUGAUCUGCCUCGCGUGCUGCUCUGAGUCGUACGGCGCCAGACUGGACGCGUACGGGAAGGUGGUCAGCCUGCUGUCCCCGGGCGAAGACGACCUGAGUGAAAGCGCCGUCCGCUCCUUUUUCAAGCUGCUGGAGAAACGUGUGCAAUGGGCCGAUGUGUCGUGUGAAAAGUCCCUGCUGGAGGAGAACAUAGGCCAGUUGGUCAGUAACUACACCAGCUCCAGUGGCCUGCAGGUGGAAGGCUUUUUCAAGGUGGCUGCUGCUUGCUGUCUGUUCCUCAGCUCACCUUCAAACACCUGCAUGGCCAUACAUGAGGGUCGCUGGGCACAGGAGACAGACCACUUCAUCCAAUCAAUCCUAGCCCACAGUGACCAUGGUGACAGUCAUGAGGAAGGGGUUAGCCUGGGAACAGAAGGUUUGGAGGAAUUACUUCAUGAUAUGGGAGAGUAUUACCUCCCUGACAGGCAUGAUGAGCCCUGUCUCUCACUCACUGACAUCCUACAAGAAAGCAAUAUGACUGACAAACACCAUCAAGACGCUGACCCACACACCAACCUGGACACAGUGUUGGGCAUUAUAAUCUAUCAUGUAUUGCGGGGAGACUGCCUGAUGGCUCACAGCCUUCCAGACAAGGAGUUCUUCAUGGAUUACAUAUUCAGCCACUUCAGCUCAGGCAACAUCACUGUUACAGACCUCAAUAAUUUGAUGAAUGCUCUGAACCUUGGUCACUUGAGAGGGAACAGUGAUCAUGACCAUGACCAUGACCAUGACCAUAGUCAGGAGGUCCACGAUGGUGGAGAGGGCCUCAGGCACAGUCACGAGGAGUCUCUACUCUCCAACAGCAGCUGGGACAGGAUGUGUUUCAGUGCACAGGAGCUGUUGAGGAUCUACCAGCUGAACAGCUCAGGACUCAGCAGAGAUCAGUUCACCCAGCUAAGCCCUGCCCUGAUCCAGCAACUCCUCAGUAAAGCCUGUGUUGAGACCAGUCCUACUACAGACCCCACCAACAACAGCCUCAGCAUCACUGAGCGCUAUGUGUACGCCACCUUGGCCAACAUAGUGAUCUGUCUUGUGGCCAUGUUUGGGAUUGUGGUGCUGCUUUGUACUUCUUGCAGCAACCUCUUCCAAAUCUGCAUCCAGUUCUGCAUAAGUCUGGCUGUGGGCUCACUGACCGGAGACGCACUGCUGCAUCUCCUUCCCACGUUUUUGGGCCUCCAUGUGCACGGGCAGGGACGGAGUGAUGGACACGACCAUUCAGAGGAAAACUUGACUUAUAUCUUCAAGCUGCUGGUGGUUUUAGGAGGAAUCUACUACUUUUUCCUGAUGGAGAAGAUCUUCUCAAUCAUCUCACGCAAAAACAGCGAGCCACAUCAUCACGGAGAGGAAGGAGAUCCACACCACUGUGACCACGGCAAAGUCCUGCAGAUGUACCAGAGAGAGAAAAAGAACAAGUUGUCCACUUCACAAGCUGAUCUGGUCGAUGGGGAAAACAAUGUUAAGUCCUUCCCAGAAGCAGCCCCUCGCACAAGAGAACAGAAACUGCUCCCAUACAUGAUCACUAUCAGUGAUGGCAUCCACAACUUUGCGGAUGGUCUGGCUAUGGGGGCGGCCUUCUCACUCUCCUGGCGCUCAGGACUGGCCACGUCUCUGGCUGUGCUGUGCCACGAACUGCCACAUGAGCUGGGUGAUUUCGCUGUGCUGCUGCACUGUGGAGUGUCGGUGAAGAAAGCUCUGCUGCUGAAUGUUGGGAGCGCGCUUACCUCCUUUAUCGGACUCUACAUUGCACUUUCAGUCUCUACAGAUACUGUAGCCAAAGAGUGGAUAGCAGCAGUGACCACAGGCCUGUUCCUAUAUGUGGGGCUUGCAGAUAUGCUCCCCUCCAUGAUCCAUGCAGACAGCAAGAGGCCAUGGCUGAUGUUUGCGUUGCAGAACUUGGGGCUACUGACCGGCUGGGGCAUUCUACUGUUGCUGUCCUUUUUCGAGGACAAGAUAGGCGUCUAGACAUGCUGUUUUGAGGUGUGAUGGUUAGUUUCAUUUAGGUCUUGCCUCUGUUUCACAGUUUAAAAAGCACCUUCCAAUUCAAAAAAGUAAAAGCACACAAAGGAACACAAAUUCUUGUGAAAUGGCGGAGAAGCCGAUGAUGUCCAGUGACAUGGAGUGGCCAUUUAUCCUGGCAAUUUGGCAAAGACUUGUAGAGAAAUAUGACUGGUGUGUUGGAUCACCCAGUGUUCGCACAUAAGUUGUUUGAAGUUCAUGUUGUUAAAUCAACAUGGUUAUUCAAUAGCAUAGAAAAACCAGUACUGUGGAAAAAGUGACACCACCCCUCAAUUAUUUCAUUUCCAGUCAAAGCAAAUAGAGAUAUUUCUGAAGAGAUCAGAUGGAAGAUAAUCCUCCUGCAUAAGAAAGAAGAGAGUCAAAAAAGUGAAAGACAGGGGACUGCAAGGACUGGUAGACCACCCAAACCGGCCCAUCAGAUAAACAUUAGUUUAAGCUUUUAUCUUUGAGAGAGUCUAGAAAACCCAAGCUAUACCCUUGGUUCAGAUCUCUUAUAGAAAAGUCACAUAUAUUUCACAUGUGAAGUGUACAAAAAUCACAUGUGUACAAGUAAUCACAUAUUUUUUUUACAUGAGAGGUUCUCAUUAUAACACAUAGUGUUUAUUCACUUAUUUAUGUGAAAUUCAUGUGAGUUUUCUGUAAAGGAUAUAUAGUCGUCAAUAAGCUGUUACCGACAAAUUUGCGAAUCAAAGAAAAAAGACGCUGAUGUUCUAGGAACAAAGGACUGACUGUCCCAGAGUCCAGACCUCAACAUCACUGAAUGUGUUUGGGAUUACUUGGAUUGGAAAAUAGAGCCAACUUCUAAGACCGAACUUUGUAGCAAAUCAUUGUUGCAAAUUACUUUGAAAAACUGCCAACAAGCCUCCUGAAAAAAAGAAGCUGUAAUGAAGGUAAAAGGUGGACACCAAAAAAUGUUAGAUUUAGUUGUUGAGGCCUGAUAUUCUCUUAAGAUUUCAUUUUCUGCUCUUUUUUAAAUAAAUGAGAGUGAUCUCUGACUUUUGCACAGUACUGUACAUCAGAUUACGACAGUUUAACUUGACAUCUGAUGUUUUCUGGUUCUGUCACUCAAAGUUGGAGAAAUGAAGACAUUUUGUGCUUUUGUUUGUGUAACUGCUUUAUUUACUGUGAGAUCUGUCCCAUUAUGCACUUUUCUUGUUGCUGUUGCUUGUUGCAAUUGUAUGAUGGUGUAAGGUGGGUUCCUAUAUAUUGUUCUCGUGAGUCUGUCUUUUUCUGUUAAUAGCAUAAGAAUUGCAGGUAGUGGGUAUUUCUGAUGGAUAUUUUUCUAGUUUCUCCUUCUAUUGUUUCUAGUUUCUAGUUAGUUUUCUAACUGGCCAAAGACAAAUAUCUGAGAAUGUAGGAAACCACUGUUAAAGUUUGUUUGAGAUAUAUGUGAGGUGGCACUGGAGGCCUUUAGCAUGCAUUGUUAUAUAUUUAAAUUUGUAAUAUGCUUUUUAAGACAACUCUAAAUAAACACAAAUGAACUGGAA